GACGCGGUCAUCGACUAGCCGCUCGGACCCUCGUUAAUUAAACUGCAAAUCCUCGGUUAACCGCAUGUUCCUGCUUUUAGUCGGUUGUCGGAAAACCCGCCGACGCUUUUGAGGAUAUUCUCUGUCGCCAUGAACCUCGGAGACGGCCUGCUGUUCGAGCUGGAAAACGGGAAACCCAGGUUGAUCUUACUAAGUCACGGUGUUGAAAAGAAUCCAAAUAAGCUGCUAAGGCCCAGAGUGACAAACGUCUUGAGCUCCAGACAGCCCUCCUGUUUGGAGGAGGUGCAGGGAGAGGAGCGUCCAGCCCGGCAGCAGGCAGGCAGAUACAGAGAGACCAGGAGCAAGGCACCAGGAGCAGCCACCUCCUUGAACUCCCACACCUCAACAACCAGAGAGAGGAGCACCACUUUGAUAACAUCUAAGACACAAGAACAUCUGAACCAGGGCGGCAUCAAAGCUGCUGCCAAGGUGAAGUCAGACAGACACAAACAGCUCUCCACUGUUGCAUCCCCGAGAGCCAAUGGGAAAACAGGGAAGCCUCAGAAAACUGAGGCACGAGCUGGAGGAAAGGCGGGACUAAAGGAUGCGCCGGCCAGUGGGGAUGCAGGACUCAGAGACAACAUGGUGGUUCUGACCAGGGAGCAACUCCAGCAGCUCCUCAACACCAUCAAGAGCCAACAACCACCAGAGGACCACCGAACCCAGGGCUCACAAUCUGGCACCUCAGUGAAUGAAGGAGAGAUGAUGGAGGAAGACAGAGGAGGAGGGGGAGUAGUGAAGAAGGGAGAAGGUGGUGGAGGUGUAACUGAUGCAACUGGAACCUCUCAGGAUAAAACAAACAGGACGUCUGCGUGUUUGCUCAGCAGGAUGGGGGAGCGACAGUCAGACAACAGAUCUGUCAUCGGCGCCAAGAAGGCUCAGUGGAGGAGAGAACUUGAUGAGCAGGUGGUAUUGAACGCGCAGCAGCAGCGGUGGGCUCCUGGGAGAAUCCAGGCUGAGGAGGACGCAGAGAGAGGGUUAUCAGUUCAGAGCUCUAUCAGCCACAGAGAGCAGCCUGCAGCCAUCAGAUCCAACCUCAAGCUCGGGGAGGUCACACCAAUGGCCCAGGUGUUGAGUGGUGGGAGGAGGGAGGAGGAGAGGAGACAGUGGCUGGAGGAGCUGAACCGACAGAGAGAGGAGGCGAAUGAACGCAAGAGGCGAGAAAAACUGAUCCAGAACCAGACAGAGGACCAUGAGCUCUGGGCCAUACACUUUGACUCUCUGCAGCAGAGGCCUCCUGUCCACACUGCAGCUCCAUCAGCUCCACCUCCAGCCCCGUCCAGGGGGUCUGAGCGCGGGGACUGGGAGCCCUCUUCCAGCCUGUCCCUGGUCUGGGAGGCCACGAGCAGCUGUGGAGCAGAGAGUGUCGCGGGGGCCAGGGUGGACACGACCAACGGAUACCAGAGCAGAGCCAGCCAUGUGAGGACCAUGACUGCCCUGCUGGACCCCGCCCAGAUAGAGGAAAGAGAGAGGAAGAGGCUCAAGCAGCUGGAGCAGCAGAGAGCGAUCGAAGCCCAGAUGGAGGAGCAGCGGCAGCAGAGGGAGCGAGAGGAGGCCAGGAGGAGAGAGGAGGAGGAGACGGAGGCCAGGAGGCUGUUGCUGGAGAGGGAGAAGCUGCAGAGACAGUAUGAGCUGGACCGACUGAGGGAGAGGCAGAAGGUGCAGGAGAAGUCGAGUCAACAGAUGGAACAACCAAAGAAAGGUCACAGUGAGGAGAGACUGCAGGAGACGCUACAGCCCAGUGCAGUCACCACACGGGCUGAGCAUUUGGAGGAGGAUGUUAGCAGCUCAGUCCCCCCAUUCAAAGACACUGCUGUACAGACAGAGCCAGUUCCUGCUCUCUCGCUCAGAGCAGAAGUUCAGACUCCUGACGUCUCUGCACAUUACCAGCCACCUCCCUUUGUGUCUGCUGCUCCUCCUCCAAACAGCAAGAACCCAGGAGUGAGAACAGGCAAGGAGAACAUCUGUCUGCCAGGAGCAGGAGGAGCAGGAGGAGGAGACCCAUACGAAACGUUUGCCCGGACAGAGAGGAGCAGGACAGACAAGAGGAGGCCGGACUGGAACACGCAGAGGCCCAGCCGGAGGUUUGUUCCUGCCUCGGAGCGUUACCCUGCCGCUCUGCAGAGGGACAGACAGGAGAGUCGACUGAAGAGACAGGCCGAGCUCGUCGCACUGCAGGGGAGGACAUGUCUGUCCAGGACCGAGCCUGCUCCUCCUCCUCCUCCUCACCAGGAUCCUCGUCCCCUCUCCAACACACAGACCAGAGCUGCACCUCACAGUAAGGUGGGAGGACCGAUCAUCUCUGCAGCACCCUCCAGCAAUGAAAGGGGGCGCUCUCCUCCAGUCCCGGCUGCCAGACACAGAGUGCAGAGUCAGCAGGCCUCCAACCCUCUUCCUCAUCCAGUUCUGGACUUUAUCCCUUAUAUCCGAACUGAUGAAAUCACUCUGGACCCACUGGAGCCUCCUGAGAUCCCCCCCACACACACAGUUUCUCCUCAGAGCUCAGUGUCUCCUCCUGCUGCUCCUCAUCAAGACCACGCCCACACAACUCGACAGCAGGAGAUCCUGAAAAGCCUGGCUCAGCUACGGCAGGGUUUAUUACAGAAGCAGAGAGAACUGGAGUCGGACCUGAACCCUCUACUGAAGCACCACAACAACGAGCUCAGGUCACACUCGGCAAUGCAUCACAAGUGACCUCUGACCCCUGCCGACUCCUCCUCAGAGCUGCCUGCUUCACUGAGCCUUCGCACGCUGCAGCGUUGCUCCUGGGGAUCGAGGGUUACUGGUCACCUGACCGUCCCAACGGAACCAGAACACAGGGAGAAGGAAGAAAGCUCCCAGAAUGCUUUGGGUGACGAGUGGUGGAUACUCUUGUCCUCAUUUAACAGAAGAUUUUUCAGUGUUUUUACAGGAUCACACUGAUUCAAAGUGGAAACCUGAGGAUCAACAAUGAGAAGUUUACUUCAAAGUUCACUUGAAAAUCAACAGACUGCAGCUGAUUUUUCAAAGUUAAGCUUAUUAGGUUGGAGUGAUUGAACUUUUAUGACAACUUAAGUUAUCAGUGGUUGUGUAAUAUUUUACAUAAACAUUUGUCUCAAUGCACUUUUCCAUGAGAAUGACACCGGACAGGUUUUGAAGUUUUACCUUCUCUGCAGAACCCACUGAUUUAAACCUUUUGAUGAAGGUGUUCAUUCAGCUUCCUGCCGGUCACGGAGCUUUAUGGUUCAGUUUAAGCUUCUGUGCUGUGUAGUUUUUUUUCUUGGUUUUAUUGUAUUUAUUGCAAAUGUAAUAACAUGUCUGAGUCAUGAAAUCCAUCACAUGUCCAUUUGUUUUUUUGACCAAAUGUUUGUUGUGUAGACAGGAUGAAAAUCAUCCUUCUGCACUGUAGGGUCAGUGUAUCUUAGAUUUUAGUAAAUGAUGAAAUAAAGAUAAAGCUGGAAAGUGA